CACAGGCAGAAACACAGACAGAAGGAUCUUUGCCACGAAAACUCUCAAACAUGUCAACUUCUGAGUGCAGAGUUCAGCUGGAGACAGACUCAGACAGGAAACAGACGUUGAGCCGUAAAGUAACAUCGGCUCUGCUCGUCUUCACUCUCUGCCUCGCCACUGCUGCUGCCGCCGUUCUCCUCUUCAACAAUUACACACAGAAACCUGGACAAGAUGAAGACACAUAUGAUCUCCAUCACACGCUGAGGCAGAUUUCUAAUGUGAGAGCAGCCAUUCACCUAGAAGGUCACCAUAAUGAAAGCAUGAAGACAUCAGUGGAGUGGCAGGCUCAGGUGGACCAGUACCACUCUCAGGGCGGCUUUACCCUGGAUGAUAACGAGAUUGUGAUUCCCCAGAAUGGACUCUACUUUGUUUACAGCCAGGCAUCCUUCAGGGUCAGCUGCAGCGGUGGCAAUGAUCAGGACGAUGACUCUGCUCAUAAUCCUCUGGUGCAUGUGAGCCACACAGUGAAGCGCUGGUCCAGCUCCUACGGGAACAACAGGAGGAGGGAGUACCAGACCAUCCUGCACUCAGUCCGCACCGCAUGUCAGAAGAUGAACAGCAGCGACCCCGACCAGGAUGGAAAGUGGUUCACCGCCGUCUACAUGGGGGCAGUGUUCAACCUGAGACGUGGGGACCGUCUGAAGACAGUGAUGGAGGAGAGGAUGCUGCAGCAGCUGGAGGAUGAUGCAGGGAAGACGUUCUUCGGAGUGUUCGCUCUGUGAGAGCCAUCUGAUUGGUCUACUCCUGAUGAUGUCACAGGAGGUUAUCUUCACUAAAACAGGACUGAUUGACCGUAUUGAUCAUUUUUAUCUGCAGCUCAUGGAGAUCCAUGGAGGUCUGUAAUGUUAGGUACUGUGUACUGUUACCAUGAUCGAUAACUGAUCAGUAUUGAUGAUGUCACUAUGAUCGACAA